UCAAAGUAUUAUUUAGUUUAUUGUGCGGCACUACAUUCGGUUUACGGAUACAAUCAUAUAACACAGGUUGCUCAAUUCACCGAUUAUAAAACGAGGAAAGUGGUAUAGCUGUUGUAUGAAUAAUAAAUUCAAGUUGAUAGAAAAAUUACUAAUGAGUCGCUGACAAAUACGAAAUUAUAUUUAUCUAAAUUUUCUUAUUGGUUUUAUUAUGUGGAAUUGGGUCCGUAAAAUAACUGUAAACCUGUCUGCUACCUGCACUGGAAAUGAAAGGAGAAAAAUGAAAAAAAAUUUGAAUCCUGCUGGCAAGAAAAGGAUUUUUUUGUGAAUCUUUUUGGUUUACGUUUGUGUUACUUUAUGUUAUAAAAUAACCGGUAUUCGAAAAUUAUAUCGCAAUAUUGUAUCGUCGGAAAAAACAUCGCUAUAACCGGUCUACCGCGGUAUAUCGCCUACCCCUACCAUUGACAUGGAGAUUCAGACGUGAAACAUUUCGUAACUGCUUUUAUUAUCUUGAGUCCCGCACCACAUCAUGAAAAAUCUAGUUGAUUGUAUUUCAAAUUAAAGGAUGCAUUCAGCUGCAAUAUAUCCAAGGGGUCUCAUACCUGUGCGCUGGCAGUCAUGUGCAUACAAGUUUUAAUUCUUUUAUUACUGCCGAAAUUCUAAUCUAAAACUAUUGACAGCAUAGAAAACUUUGAUUUCGAAGAUUCAGUUAUCAGUUAAGAGAACAUGCAAGUAAAAUUUGAAAAUGUUUUGAUACUUUAGUUUAUUCUCGUCAGUGAUUUUUAUUAUCUUUAAAAGUUAAAAACGUUUUUGUUAUUAACCAGUCCAAACAGAAAAUUAACAGAAGGAAAUUAGAAACAAGAGCAAACUUACCUGAAAGUUGAUGCCUAGUUUCCAUUGAGUCACAUUAAUGAAAAAGGGUCUCGUUUGUAAUAAACUUCCCUUAUAAAUGAAUGUACCCAGGAAGUUUCAGAACGAUUGAGUUGUUUCCCAGAAAAAGAAGUGGAUCAUUAUAAUGAUAUUCUGUGAAUCUGAUAUAAAAAGAUUUUCAUACACCUACAGUGGAAUACACACACAGACAUGCUGAGGAAUAGAAAAAAAAAGAUGGAAAGCUUCAUAAUGUUUCAAAUUGAUUUUCUGAUUAGAUUAUUCUUUUCUACCAGCUCUAACAGCUUUAUCUGCACCAUUUUAGAUAAAUAUUUUUUGCCCAAAUGUUUAUAUAUUCAAUUUUACAAAUAUCUAUAUGUUUUUAGGUUCUGAUACAUUUUAUUAUAAUAUCAUGAAUAUUAAUUAAGCUAGCAGUAGUCUCCCUGUAGCCAAUAUAAUGUCUUGAUGUCAAGCAGUGCAUGGAUCAGUUAUGCUUGAACAGCUCUCUACUUCGGUCUAGUGUUAUUCAUUACCCAGUUGAGUGGGCGUUCAGUUUGAAUCAUAGUGCGUAAGUGUAACUAGUGUUGAUGCAGUAUUGAGAGAGUGAAAAUAUUUGUGAAUAGAAAAUAUGUAGACAUUGUAAGAUUUACCAGUGUUCUUUAGUUUGAUUGUAUUGUAAAACAAAUUUCAGGUACAGUACACAUAAAAAUUUGAGAGAAGGAAAAAGGGAAAAUGUUUAGUUUCCAUAAACCGAAGAUAUACAGAAGUAAUAAUGGAUGUUGUAUUUGUCGAGCAAAAUCAUCAAGCUCAAGAUUUACAGAUAGUUCCAAGUACGAGGAUGAAUUUCAGAAAUGUUUUCGGAUACAAGAGAGACGUUGUGGGGAAAUCUGUAAUGCUUGUGUCUUGCUUGUGAAACGAUGGAAAAAGUUACCAGAUGGAACAAACAGACAUUGGAAUCAUGUAGUAGAUGCGCGAGCAGGGCCAGGAACAAAGUCCACACACAAAAUCAAGAAACAACUCAGUCCCACUAUGCAGAAGUAUAAAUCCCCACUGAAAGCCAAGCAUCGUUCAUCAUCAUCACCAUCAUCAGUGUCAUCACAGCAACAACAACAACAACUCCAUCAACAGACCUUCUCCUCCAUUCCAAGUCCACUUCCAGAGGAAUUAUCAGGGUACGAGGACAGUUUAGAUAAAUCAGACCUGUUCAGUCAGCCAAUGACAGAUAGUGAAGAGUCUGACACAGAAAACAGCCAGGGUUCGAGUCUCUCACAUAUCAACCAUAAAACACCACAGAAAUUAUUAGAACACCAAAUAAGUCCAUUCCUCGAUCUCACAUACUGGAAAAUGACCCAAGUUUGUUGCGGUACCAUAUUCAAGGGAAUGAAUGGUGAAGUUCUUGUUGAUCCACAGCUUUUGAAACCCUGCUGGUCGUGCAACAAAGACAAAUCAUCUCGUACAAAUAAAAGCAAGGAACUUAAACGCAGUACAUCCUUGGAAGAUACUGACAGUAAUUUAAGCACGCCAAGUUUCAGUGUGGCAGACUUUUACGAUGCGAAUACACCCGAACCUGAAACUCCGCCGGAAAGUCCCCCAGACAGUCCAAAAGACUCCUUAUCAGAAACAGACGGUCUUACGACACUAGCCCAGUGUACCUCAACUAAAAUGAACUUUGUCUCCAACCACUCUAUACCAAUGGAAUGUUAAAGUAAAAAGUUGUGUAUACAGAAAUUUGGACUGGCCUCAAUUCAUUAAGUUAUACAAAACGAAUAUUAAAUCAUGUAAAUCAGUCUAGAGUAAUAAUGGAUUAUAUUUAAAGCAUACAGAUGUGCACAUGGACACUACAUAGGAGUGCUUUCAGUAAACAAAAACCCAAAAAAGAGAGGAGUUAUGAUUUUUAAGGGAGAGUGAACAUAAAGGUCCCAUGUUCACCUCAUCCCAGUGUCUAGCAUACAAUUUCAGGGAUUCAUGUACAUUGAAGUUGUCUACAUUAUACUUGCCAGUAAAAUUGCUGAAUCACUGCAUAAAGUUUUCAGUAAUUAAAUGUUGUGAUAAACUGUUCAAAAACAUUGGAAGUGGUGAUGAAAGUCUGAUGUGAACAAAAUAGCUUUUUCCCCUAUAUUUGAAGUGAUCUCAGGAAUUGCAAAAUAAACAACAGAAAGUUGGGAUAUUCUGUCCCCUAUUGGGAGCAGAAUGUACUUCAUGGAGUGAACAGUGUGAAGAAAACAACAGAAAAAUGUGUUGAUAAUAUUAUUAAAAUGGCUGUUUUGCAAUUAACAGUUUUUUUAAUCAUUGAUGGAUUUACUAUUUCUAUUUUAAACCUCAAUUGAUUUGUGUGUUGACGUGUCGUAGAUAUGUGUUGCCUUGGUGAUUUGAAUGAAAGGUCAUCAAACAGCGAAAAGAAGCUUCAUGGAUAUGUGUGGAUUUAACCUUGACCUUUGGUCGGGUCCGGUUAUGUCAUAAAUGGAUGUUUCUUCAUAGUAUUGCCUAGCAUCCAUGAACAAAUGUUACAGCAACAUGUACUUUAGUGUCAGGCACAUGCAAAUGCACACAUGAUAUUAAAAAGCAUGUGACUGGUCCAUUUGGGAUGACCUUGUAGUGAACAGGAAUGAUGAACUUCAUAUAUACAAGUUUCUAGAUCUAGUCAAGAUUUAUUCAUAAUUUUUUAUACUUUUAUAAUAAAAAUCCAUGACUGCCAAUUGAACUUUGUGUCAAAACAUAAAAAAAUUGUACAUGUCAUGUCAGUAUUUGUUAAAAUAGGUCAGUUCUCAUAAAUGUCUCUAGUAAUUUUCUGUUUGUAAUUCAUAUCAUUAUUAAUGCAGGCUAGGUAUUUUUUUUUUUUUUUUGAGACAUGCAUUAUAUAAUUUGUUCCUCAUUUCUCUCAGCCAUGGCAGUGUUUUCAAUUAAUAUAAUACAAAUGUCAUGUUGGAACUCCUAAGCUAGCUCAUUGGUUUAUUGUGAGAUUGCAAUAUUUCUUACAGUCCGAAUCAUUUCGUAUGAAAUCUUUUCAUAAUUACAUUAAAAUGUCUUUUAAUUCUAUAACUAGGUAAGUCUAUGCAAUGAAAGAUUCUAGCUUCCUUUCAUUUUAGUAUAAAAAAGAAAAAAAUUUAUAUUAAAUAUUGAUUUUAUGAUCUCAUUUAUUUCUUUCACUUCUUUCUGAUAAAAAUACUCUUAUGACAUUUAGACGUUUGUUUAUCGUCAUGACAUACUUUUCUUUAUUUGAGAUUUUAUGAAAGAAUCUUCAUAAUUUGUGUACUAUUGAAUGAAUUUUAAUUAAUCUGUGAUGUCGGUAUAAAAAAGAUCUGUCAAACAGAAGAUGUGCAUGAAUCUUGUAUAGUUACUUCUACCAUUAAAGUAUGUUAGGUAAGGAUAGGUUGAUUUCACAGGUAGUGCUAGAGCUCUAAAAUUUGUAUGCACUAUUUUACAGAAAACUUAAGGAUUUGGGAAAAGUUAUUGCGAGCGAAACGUAAAAAAAUAAGGCUUAUGAUGAAAUUAAGGUGGGUUGCCUCUUACAUAUUUCUAUCAGAUUGAACUUUAGUUAGUGCUUUUGUUAUGUACGCGACAGCUAUGAUUUGAACACAGAUGGCUCUAUGUUUUCACGAAUAACUUAAAGUCAUGGUAUAAUUUUGGUAUUACAGAAACUUGUAUACGUGGUUAUCUUUGGAGAGUGUAAUAUAGCAUGGUGUAAAUAAUGUAAAUAUCUAUUUAUUUAUUUAAAAUCUAUUUAUUGAGAGGAAAUAUAUUCUGUAUUAUAUUUCUGUUAAUUCAUUAAGUUUGUAGUUGAUGAACCAAAACACUAUCCAAAACUCUAAUGGCACCAAUUUGAAAUACUCUAAAGACUUAGUCUUAUGGCAUACCAUUCUACUUUUAUAUGUUAUCAUUCCGUAAGUUGUAAAAAAAGUAUGGAUGCAAACAGACUGCGUGUAACAGUUUUUGAAAAACUUGGAAUAGUUUUAUCUUGAGACCAGUACUGACAUUUAUUAUAUACCUACAUAAAUUCUGUCAAGAAAAUGGCUUGUAUGUCACAAGUAAAUACGAACAGGCAGAAAAAAAAACAAAACAACAUUGUGCGUUUUGUAUUGUAUGUUGCCAGACUACUUUCAUAUAAUAUGUAUGGCCUGACAGAAUUCUGUUAAUAGCACACACAAAAACUACACUCGGUUGAUAAACAUUGGUGGUUCCAUUCGAUAACAAAAUGACAAACAAAAAGAUGGAGGUAUAUAAUAAAAAGAUAAUAACAGUAGCUAGAUCUGGGAUUUUGUAUUCAGCUUGAGUGGAUUUUGCCAGAUUAGUUCACACUGCACUUGUGGGCCUCGUGUGAUCUGCCCUGGCAAAAUUUACUUGAGCCAAAUACAGCAUCCCAGAUCUAGCUACUAUUAUAAUAACUCUUUAUUUUGAUUGAUUGAUUCCUCAGUUAUCGCGAUUGAAGCAGUUUUUGUUUAAUUCCUUACAGAAAACACAAUGCAGGCAUAUAUUACAUAAUGGCAAUACAAGAUCAAGAUAUUACAGGUUUCAGCUGGAAAUAGAUAUUUCUGUGAUGUGUAAACAAGCAGAAAGCUGUUCAGAUUUUGUUGUAUGGUUUGAAGUACUUUUUCACAUGACGUAGGUGAUAAACUAUGAUGACAAUUCAAAAUGCUCCUGCAUGACUCACAUACUACAUUUUGAUCUAACUUAAAUAUAAACAAACAUAAACAACUAUAAAGUGUCAGCUAAACUAGUCCAAGUUGAAUAUAAUGAACCAGACCUAUAAAUGGGUAAGUCAUGCAUGACUGGUAAUUUACAUGAUUAUUGUUACAAUUCAAAACACUCAGUUAUGACCAGAAUCAUUACAAAAAUUUUGCUAAUAUGAAAAAGAAAAAAACUUUUUGAAGGAGACAAAAAUAUUUUCAUUUUUUAGGUCAAAUUAAUCUUCAUAUAAAUUGCUUUAAUACUGGCAUGUAUUCUUACCUCUUAGCAGAAGUAUGGCCGACUUCUGUAUGUCCUUGCAGUUUUCCACUAUUUGCACCAAGGUGAAAAAAUGUGUACUAAAUGUUUAAAGAUUCCAGACCUAUUUCAUAUUUAAUGGUAGUGUUGCCCCCAAAACAAGUUAAUGUUGAUAUGUAAAAAUACCAAUAUUUUUAUUAAUUCUCACCAGUGAAAACUGUUUUGUUUAUAACAAUUAUCUGUGAAUUGCCGGAGGACUACAGGGCAGAAUGGGAUACAAGAAUCACAAGAAAUGUCUAUCCAGUUUAUGUAUUAUGUAUAUAUGAACUAUUUUUCAGGCCGCGGGACAGGCUGUGUAGAUAUACUUGUAAAUAAGGUCAGAAAAAAAUCUAUAGAUUUAAGCUUUUGACUAAUUUAAUUCAUUCGAAUCAGUAGAGUAAAUGUUGCGCUUGUAUAUACAGGAAAAAUUUUAUGCGGUGAAUAAUUUGUUUAGAGUAGGUGGGUGUUGUACAUUAAAAGAAUUUCAUCUAUUUAUUUAUUUGCAAAUAGAGAAUGUACCCUUUACCUUUAUUAUGUUGAAGGUCGUAUCCAAUGUCAAAAAGAAUAUUUUCGGAUUAUAAAGGAAUCGUAGGCUGAACAUUCAUGUGACUGUUGGCUUUAUUGACAUCAUUAAAACCAUUUAGAAGUUUAAUGACAAAAAUGAAAUGUAUUGUAAUAUAUAUCAAAUAUCACCACCUGAUCAAAAUUACAAGAAAUUAAAAAUAGUCAAAUAUCGCGAGAUGUAAUUUUACAUAAAGUCAAGUCAUACGGUUUUUCUGUAAAAAGUAUUAAUUUUUGUUUUUGCAAGGAUUUACUUUCCUGAAAUAAACAAAAAGUGUGAGUUACAAUAAUUAGAUUAUUAAAGAAGUUUAAAAUAAGAUUUUUACGUAUGUCUUAGAAACAGGAUGAGGUUACGUUAAUAUUUGGCUUUGUCAGAACUGGCAGACUAGUAACUAUGAGGAAUUUGGUUGUAUAUAGAAAAUUUGUUUCUACCUUUUGUUGUUUCUGCACCAAAUGUUUGAGUUUUACAGUUAGAGUUAAGGUAGCCCGGUUUAGCAGUAAAGGUGGAAAACUUAUUUAUUUAACUUCCCCGGUGUUUGUGUGUAAAUUAUCUGGUGUUUUGAUUUGUCAUCUCUGUGCAGAAGGACGAUAACUGCAUUAAUGUAAAGAAGCAGUUGUCCAUUUUUAGCGCAGAGAUUACAAUAUGUCAGUUUGAGCAUGUAGUGUAGUAUGAAAAUGUGGGUGUAGAAAUGUACAGUUAGGGACAGCUACUGGUGAAAUGGUAGAAACCUUAGUAGUGCAUGCUAAUUUUUAGGGAGAUGUCGGAUUCUUAAGGUGCUUAAUAUAGAAAACAAAGUCUUUAAAUGGUAAAUUGUGUAUGAUUUGUGCAAUGUUAAAAGUGCUUUACGAAAGAACACUCAUUCUGUUAGAAUUUUAUAUUUUUAAAUUGUAGUGCUGGAGGAAUGGAAUCGAAGUUCAUAAUUGUAAAAUGUAGAAAAUUAGAGGUACCCUUCAAAAUAUGUCUUGCCUAAGCUGGUUACUGUAGUAAUAAUUGUCGUUUUUGUAAUGGGUUUAUAAGAAACACAUUUUUUUUUAAUCAUAAAAUGAUGGAAGUUCGUUCAUGUCUAUGAUUUACUAUAAAUGUUUUUAAUUAGUAAUGUAACUGAUUUUUAGAAUGUCAAGCAAUAAGUUAACAGAUUGAUUUUUAGCAGGUCUAACCAUUGAUAAUGGCUUACUUGAUGAUUAUUUUGCUAUAAUAAGUUUAUGAACAUUGGGGUUACUCCAGCUACUGUACAGAGAUGUUCUUUUAAUACCUUACUUUUUUUAAUCUGAUAUAACUUCACCAGUGAUUGUAUCCUGUCCAUGAAAGACCUUCUGUACCACUUAACCUGUUGAUCCUCAUGUUUUACUGUGAAAUCAUUUAAUUACGUUGGCACGAAUAUUUUGUGGUUUGGGCCAGAACAGCAGGUUUGUUAGAAUAUAAAUUUGUGGGUUUCAAUAUCCAGACAAGAAACAAAUGAGAAUACAACUUCUUUGUGGGGAUUUCAUUUCUUGGAAUGGCCCAACCAUGAAAUCCAUGAAAAUUAGUCUCCCAGAAAUAAUUACGCUUUCGCAGUAUUUUCUUUUUUGGGGGGAAUGUAUAUUAAGUGUUUGUGACAAUGUUGUAUUAUAUAUACAGAAUAGUAAUUCUAGGAGUUUUAAGUUUACUGUACAACAUAAGCUUUAUGUGUUAUUAGUAGAAAAUUGUCUGUUAGACAUGUUACUGGGUAUGUGUUGUAUUUAGAACAGAUCUGACUACAGGUUCUUGCAAAAGUUUGUUACACUGUGUACGUUUAUUUCAAAUGAUUUUGGAUAGUUUUGCUGCUGGAUAUUUAAGUGUUGAUUAAUGUUGGUGUAUAAUACUUCAGCAUUUAAAUAAGUAUUAAAUCACUGUAGAAAUUUGUUGGUGCUUAAGGUAUGUGGUUCAAGAAUUAGUGGAGUCCUAGGUAUUCAUACUUUUUACAUGUAUAUCAUUUGUCAGAAAAUCUGUCAAGUUUUAUUAAACGUCUGUAGCAUUUAGCAAGGAGCCAUAUUUUUCAUUGUGUUUUUUGAAAAUGAUGGGUGAAAGGAAAAAAUCAUUUUACAAAGGAUUCAUUAUUAUAUUUAAAGAUAUAAAUACAUUAAUAUGGGUUGAUUUAUGCUCAAAACCUCAAGUUCCAAGGUUAAAAAACUUGAGUUUGGAGACCAGUCAAUGAAAUGCAGACAUGUCAUUGGUUAGUUUCAGGAUUUAUGUCAAAGUCAGCCAAUCAAAUGCCAGAAUUUUCAGACUGGUAUCUAAGUUCUGUUUUUUAAUCUUGCACCCAGCUCAGUUACUAUUAGACACCCUUUAAACCAUUCCAGUACAGAUAUAUCUAGAAAUGUCUCAAAAGAGUUUUCUUUUUUAAACAUUUUAUGUAUCAGUUUUAUUCUAGUGAACACCUGUAGUAAGGCUGAUAAAUGCAAGAAAUGUGCAUAUGUCAUUUAAAGGAGCAUACCUUCAGAAGAUUCUUCACAAUAUCAAAAUAAUAACAAAUUAUUAUUUUGUUUAUAUAUUGUAAGCAUGAGCAACAUUUUUCCAUUCUACAUAAAAUUUUACUGUAUUUCUGACACAGCAGACAGCUUUCCUACAUACAGAGUUGAUAUAUAAAUACUGUCAAGAAGUAGGUGAAAUACUUUGUUUAUACCUUUUGUUUACAGACAUGAUAAGUGAAAGUAUCAUCUAAAUUCCAAACCAAAUUUACCUAAAUCUGGAGGUGUGCUUCUUUAACUGUAAAAUACAGCAAGAUGUUAUGUUUUUCUUUGUUUAUAUGAAUGCUGUGGUAUAAUGUUUAUCUAUGUAUAAAGCAAAAGUAAUCUAGAAAUGUUGAACAUUUCAGAAAAGUUGAACCCAUCAAAGAUCUGUUAUUUUUUUGCUAUGUUUCAUUAAUGUUAGAAUAUUUAAUGUUUAUAAUUUGAUUGAUAUUUACUGAUACCUCAAGGAUAUACUUUAUUGUUAAAACUGUUAAAAUUUUUCCAGAAGGAAAAAGUAUUUUUUUUUUUCCAAUCAAAGCUUGAUACAAAAUUGUUGAGAAAAUUUAUGGAAGUUUCCGCUCUUUUUUUUUUUUUUUUUUUUUUUUUUUUUCCUUUCUUCGUAAAUGCCUUAAGUUGGAAUUGGUUUUGUUAAAAAGAAUGUCCCGUGGAAAAUAAAGUUGUUGCAUUAAUUCAAAGAUAUUGGCAAAAUGAGGUUAUUAGUUCAAAAUGAAAGAUAAAGUUUGAUCAACAAUCGCGAAAUAUUGAAGGGAUGUAUUGUAUAUAUAUAUACAAUAAAACAAAAGAUAAAAUAAAACAAGUAUUUGGGUUGAGGUUCAGCCAUAUUGUCCUCUCUUUAAGCCAAAGGGCACUUAAAGUUAAAAUAGGAUUCUAGCAUGUGGGGUGAGGGGCAGUACUUUGCAAGUUUUAACAUUUUUUUUAUUGUAAAUAUCUUAGAAAUUUGUCAGUGUCGCCCUUAUACUAUCAGUAUGAAAUAACCAAGAACAUAUUAUAAGUGAAUUAUUUUACCAUUCUUGAAAUUAUUGAGCAAAUGAUUAAAAGGAUAACCCCCAAUAACGUCUUUCUGUCCUCAGGACUGUUAUUUAUUUCUGUCUAUGGGACUGUUAUUUUUCAUUCUGUCCAUAGGACUGUUAUUAUUUCUUUUUACAAAAUUCAUAAUUUUCACGGAUUUUUAUGUAUCUCUUGUUUUUAUUGAUGCUUUUUUAGCCAGUGAUCUGAGCUUUUAUAAAUUCUGUAUCUAAAAUAUCAUUUAAUUCUAGUGUAUAUUGAUUGCAUAGAAGAUUUUUGUGUGAGAACAAAUUGUACUACUGAACUGGAAUAUAUGUAAAUAUUAUAUGUCUUGUGUUAUGUCAAAAUGCUGCAUAUCGACUUUGUUUUUCAUCCAAGACAGCUUGACAUAUAUGUCUGCCUUGAUAGUUAGCCUUCUGUUUUAGACAUAAGAACAUGCCAUCAGAAGCACAUGAAAAUCAUGCAUUUAUCUGAGGGUGCGGACAUAAGUCCUAGGGGCCUCAGUGGCAAAUUGGUUAAGGUCGCCGACUUCAAAUCACUUUCCCCUCACCUAUGUGGGCUGGAGCCUCCCUCGGGGCACUGAAUUCUUCAUUUGAGGAAGCCAUCCAGCUGGCUUACGGAAGGUCGGUGGUUCUACCCAGGUGCCCGCUCGUGACGAAAUAAUGCACAGAGUGGCACCUGGGGUCUUCCUCCACCAUCAAUGUUGGGAGUUCGCUAUAUAACCUAUAAUUGUGUCGGUGCGAUGUUAAACCCAACAAAAACAAAAAAAGACACAUGUCCUAUAGGGGUGGGGUCCAAGGAAGAUGGAGUUGGGAAUGAAGCUUGAUUCAAGGCAGAAAUAUAUUCACACUUUAACAAAACGUGAUACAGUUUGUAUAUUAAUGAAAAACAAAUUUGAUAUGCAGUUUAAAUGUUAUUUAUUAAAUCAUAGCGUUUUCAUUAUCAUUCUACAUUCUAUUUAUUAUUAUCUGUGUAAAUGUAAAAGUAUUUCAUUGUGUCGUUCUGUAGGUAUAUAAAGUAAAGGUUAGUUACAGGCAGGGGUAACACCAGAGGGCACAGUGUGUGACACUUCUAUAGGAGACAAAGAUGCCUGUUGCCAUUGGUGCUCCACCUCCUGAUUCUUAUGGAGAUGACACCAAUGUUGUCAGUUACUUGUGGAGAACAAGUCAGUACUGGUGCAAACCCAGGAAUGUUUGCUGUUGUUUCAAAAAGCAGUUAAGGGUGAAGUUUUAUGAGAUGUAUACAUAAAACUUAAAAAAAGGUUUUGCUUUUGUCCAUUGAACUGGCAAUCGGUAUUAAACUGUUAUUUACCACACACAAGAUUGCCUGACAGCCAUUAAUUUAUAUACUUACAGAAUAUAGAAAUUUUAAAAAUGUACAAAGCUGCUCCAUAUGUUUACGUUCUAUUUGUAAAGAUUAUUUGUCGUUCAUGUUUGUUUAUUUAUUUAUGAUUAUAAAUUAUCAGAUAGAUUAGAAUGGUUAUUAUAUUGAAUGCAUUGUUUGACUAUAUCUCCAUGGCGACCAUUGGAUUCCAUAGAGCGGCUGAAAUUUUUCACUUCAUGACAAAAAAUGAGUAACUGAUAAAAAAUAUAAUGUGGUUCACACAUUUAAAAUAGCAAGUUCCAUUACAGACACAUAGAAUGCAUGAUUUAAUGUAAUUGGUUGCCAUGGAAACUGAAUACAUGUGACUUUAAGAGAUGUCAUUUUGAGAGUCACAUUUGUAAAAAAAAUCUUCGAUAAUAAAGUUGGACAAGUGUAAAUAA